CAACCUUGAAAAGAUCGACGUCGACUACCACACCCCUCUCCAGGUUGCAGCAAAUGCAGAGAGUUUCGACGUCAUCAUCGCUCUCAUAGACCGCUAUUACAACAGUAAAGGCCUUGCACAAUCGUCCACCAAAGACAACCACGACACAGUGACCAUUGUCAGUGAGGGUGGAAAGUCAUCGACUGGGUUUGCAGAUGGGAAUGAACUCAAUGUCAUCGAGGAAGAGGACGAUGUGACUGUGGUUGAUGGCGGGCAUGAUGAGCGAUUAGACGAAAGAGACGGAAUCGAAGGAUCGCUUAUAGAUAUCACUGAUCAAGCAAACGACGAUGUCAAUGGAGAAAGCAGUACAGCUCAGGAGGAGCUCGACAAAGACGAAUCAAUGGCAGCAGACGAAAUGGUAGAUGAUGUCGAAGAAAACCAAGGUAUUGAUGUCGACGAAGAUGGUGGAGUUGAUUCCGUGAUUGAGCAGGAGGGGCCGACCACGCCUGACGUAGUGGAUGAUAAGACCAGCAUUGCGACUUUCAACGUCGAACCAGUCCCUGAACCGGUUGCCCAACCAAUCAGCGAAGAGAAGGAGGAAUCGUUGGCUGAAUUCAUUGACUGGGUGGUUAUUGAAGAUAGGGCCAAAGUAUUGAAGCUUCUUUUGAGGUACAAGUCGAAGCUAAAUGACGUCAGUGAUGACGAUAUCAAGAAGUACAUGGGACAUGCUGCAAUGAAUGGACAUACCGAGACGCUCGGAGUUUUGAUUCGUUGGAAGCCAGAGGUUGUCGAUUUUUACGACGAUGACGGAAAGACACCGCUCCAUCACGCCGCUGAGCACGGCCACGACGGCGUGGUCCAGGUGCUAACCAAAGCUAGCGCAUCAGUAAAUGCCACAACCAUCGACCCCGUCAAAUUGGGUUACAACAACCACAUCAAUGCCGACGAUGUCACGGAUAAUACCAGAUCCAGCAAGAUGGCCCAUGAAAGAACAGCCCUUCAUUUAGCUGCCAUGAACGGAUUCGCCAAGUCAGUUCGAUCACUUAUCAAAGCUGGGGGUGAUAUCAAUUUUUCUGACAAAAAUGGGGUCACCCCGCUCCAUUUGGCGUGCAUCGGUGGCCAUCUUGAUGCCUUAAAACAACUCGUCGAACAUGAUGUCGACCUGUUGAGUCGUGAUCAUCGAGGUCGAAAUUGUAUGGAAUAUGCCGCUGAUGGUGGAAAUGAGAACAUAGCAUACUAUUUGCUAAGCCAUCCCGACUGGAAACAAAUAAUGUCAUCAAGCUCGUGGGAUGAGUAUCAUAAGGACAGAUCAACCCCGAUGAAGAAACUCAUAGAGAAAAUGCCAGAUGUAGCGCAAGCUGUCAUGGACAAGUGUAUUGAAGUCUCUCCAUAUGCUGACCGUAAAGAUGAAGAAUUCUGGAUUGAAUUUUACUACGAAUUCUUGGAGGACUCGUUCUCACUCUGGGAAAAUAACAAUAAAAACAUCCCCAACACCAACAACAAUAAUGACAGCCUACAGGAUGAAACGCCACUGACCGAAACACAAUCCACACCUACCAACGAUGAGACAGACACCCUGCAAGAAGGUGAAACACAGGAAGAAGACGGCGAAACACAGCACAGUGAAUCGGAGCAUGGCGCCAACCAAAUCGCUGACGAAACACAAGCUGAUGGUGACGACACCGCUCUGGAGAAUGAGACGUCAUUCACCGACCAGCCGGAUGAUAGUGGUAAGAUCAACGGCGGAUUCAAGGUUGACGAAGGCGACAUCGAAGCUCAAAAGCCAGAGGGCAUAGCCAGCUACAAAGAGUUACAGGAUGAACAAGAAGAAGUUCUGAUAGUGACGGCGUACGACGAUGACGGUCGUUUGAGAGCCAAAAUGAGACCUUAUUCAAGUAGCCCUGCAAGGAUGGUGAAAAAUCAUCCCCUGAUUGCCAUGGUUAAAUCAGAGCGGACCGACCUCCUCACCCAUCCCCUAGUCGUCAGCCUUCUGAACCAUAAAUGGUCAAACCUUGGUCGCUACGUCUUCUGGCCGUCACUCAUCAUCUACUUUAUCUUCCUGGUGAUGCUUACUGGUUACGUGACCGCGGUUGCACCGCAGUACUAUGCCGACGUUUCCAACGGGACGGAUCUCGAGUGGUUUGGUGACGGCGAGCAGCGCUGGAUCGACGGUAUUCCGCAGGACACUCUGGUUGUUUUUGCGGUCAGUGGUCACUGGGUCAUACUAGUCUUGGCAGUAUUACAUCUCCUGUGUGAGCUUAUUCUUCUGGUGAUACAGAGACUGUCCUAUUUCCGGUUUCGGAAGCUUGUUGAAUGGUCCGUGUAUAUCUUGGCUAUUCUCUUCGUCAUACCUUUCGCUGGACAGACUGAAUAUCAACCAAGUAUAUCACUGCGUAUGGGAUGGCAGUGGCAGUGCGGUUCAGUAGCAGUAUGCCUUGCAUGGAUCAACUUCAUUAUGUUCCUAAGACGAUUUUCAUUCCUUGGUCUUUAUGUUCUCAUGUUCAUGGAUAUUCUUCGAAGCUUCCUAAAAUUCAUCUUGGUUCUGUUCUGUUUUCUGAUGGCCUUUGCCCUCGCUUUCUACAUGUUGCUCCUUAAUCAGCCGCCAUUCAACCGCAUUGAGCAAUCCCUAGUGAAGACCAUGGCCAUGAUGUUAGGUGACUUUGACUUCGUUGGGAUCUUCCACAGACAGAACUACCUAGGUACUGAGAAUACUCUGGAUGUUAACGAAGAUGACUUCUUCCUGACAUCCGUCUUCUACAAGGCCAUCACUUACGUCAUGUUUGCUGUCUUUGUUGCAGUGAUGUCGAUCAUUGUCGUCAAUCUUUUGAUUGGUUUAGCUGUCUAUGACGUUCAUGAGAUCAGACGAAAGGCCAAGUACCAUCGUCUUGCCUUGCGAGUGGAGACUAUCAUGGAGGUCCAGCAGUAUCUUCCGGUCUGUAUCUGGAGGCGAGUGAUGCGAUCCAAGAAGCGGUAUUACCCUAACAACGGAUGCUGCCCGAGGGUGAGGCGCGGAUGCAGAGUGAUGACGGGGGACAGGAGGGUAGUCAAAGAAGCCAUCUUGGUCUCCGAGAGGACUGCUGCAGAGGGAGGUCACUUAAAGGAGCGCCUUUCCAAUGAUGACUUUUACAUUCACAUGAAGCAGCGACUGGAAUCUAUCGAUGGAAAGAUGAUGACGACGAACAGCCGAACGGCCAGUGAAUACCCGAAGAGGGACGACGAGAUCCGAAGUAUCCGCGAUCGUUUCGAUCGGAUGGAGAGGAAGAUCGACGCGCUCAUCAGCCGUAAAAAACUAAAACAUGAGGACGAGAUGACCAAAUAAUCUACAUAAGCUUUUUGUUAUUCAUAAAUAUACUGUUAGAAAAAAUGUAUGAAAGAAGAUAAGUUAUAGAGAAGUUAUGGGAAAUGUGCAUUUUACAUCAAGGUGACCCGCCGAAACUGCACU